GAAUGCAGGUAGAUGACAGAAAGCAAAAACAAAGAGCACUUGUAGAAUAUGAAGAGAUGGGACCAAGAAGCUCAUAUUUUGAGAAUAAAAUACAGACAAAACAGCAGUUUUCAAACAAACGAGGAUGACCAAGUUUGGAAAAUAAGAAAUAGUUCCAUCAUUCUUCACACACAGAGAAGACAUUAUGUCUAAUUCAACUAACACAACAAAUCUAUGUGCAUCAGGAACUCUUUGUGAGGUGCUUUUUUAUGAAGUGGAACUGAUUGUCAUUCCAGUGCUGUUCCUCCUGGCUUUUCUGGUCACACUGAUCAUUUUGUUAGUGCUCAAAUGCUCCCAUAAGCCAUCGUAUCUUUAUGGGCACCACAGAAAUGAAAAAGAUGACAAACUACACCAUCAUAACACACGCAGACACCCUAACAGCAACCGACGGCACCUGCAAGGCAUUGACGCUCCAGCGGAGCUGAACCCGCUGGAACAUGAGGUUAUUCCCAUGACAGCCCAACCUCACCAUGACAUGCAGAAUUCAAGCCCAGCAGUACCUGAGCAAACCACCGGGAGGCAUCCGGACCUCUUUCAGCUGAUCUCUCCACUUCCUCUCACCUUCUCAGUAAAAAAAGACACCUUCACAUUACACAGAGCUGUCAUGGACAGACAACCAGUCAUUUUAAGAGUGCUUAAAGAAUCAGCCAACACCAGAGAGCGCCAGUCCUUUCUGGGGUUUGCACACUUUCUUUCAGAGUUGGGGCCGCAUCCAUCGUUGCCCAAAUUGCUGGGGGUGGUGUCUGUGCAGACACCGCUGAUGAUUGCGGUAGAGGAGCUGGAACACCGAGACCUGCUGAGCUUCCUGUGGAGGUGCAGACAGGACCACACAGGUCAGGAGGCACCGUGUGACAUGACUGAAAGACGAAUCUUUACCAUGGGCGCUCAGAUUGCUUCUGCUCUGGAGUAUCUACACGGAAAGAACUGCAUCCACGGGAAUGUCAAAGCUCAAAGCGUCUUGGUCGGUCAGGACCUGACGGUCAAGCUGUGGGGUUUGGGUCCGGCAUAUCGCAGGAAAACAACUGCAGCCUCUAUAGAUGUAAAAGACAUGGAAAUGAGAAAAUGGCAAGCCCCAGAAGCGUUAGCAAGGCAACCUCUCCAGCAAAGCAGCGACUUAUGGUCUUUUGGCAUUCUGCUGCAUGAGAUGGUGACGCUGGGAGAGCCACCCUUUCCCAACAUCAUGGCCAGCGAACUUCUGCAGCAUUUACAGAGAAUCAAUACACUAAAGAGACCACCCAACUGCUCUAACACACUAUAUUCUAUAAUCAAAUCCUGCUGCCAGUGGAAACCGAAGGAUCGAGUCUCAUUGGCUGAGCUGAUCAGAAAGCUCCAAUCAGGAGAGAGGAGCGCCAACGACCAGGCAGUGCUGAGAGUGUCCGAGCCGCUGGACAUGGAGAAGUACAUGCGGGAAGCGGGCUAUGGAGAAACGUUCAAUUACGCCGUGCUCUAAUGUUUCCUUUGUGUGUCAGUCAUAUUCACCGAAAAGAGCUGCGGUCCAGCUAUGCAUAAAGGAAGAGUUAAAGUUUGAGACAGCGACAUCACUCCAUCAAAUUUAAAGAAGAACAUUAUCUCACCAGGCAAGAGUGUGCAAUUAUUCAGGAUGCUAUAUUAAGGAUAAAGGCUAAAAGCUUAAUUGCAGCACGGAUGAGAGGGAGGGGAUGCUACCCAAAAUAUGCAACCGCCUAAGAUUGUGUCAUACAUAUAUACGUGCAUGAAUAGCAGUGCUUUCAAACGAUUUAUCACAUCCAAAACGAAAGUUUCCGUUCGCAUAUCCGGGGCUUAAAUGGCAGUGUUUGGCUGCGGAAAACAACAUUUUCGAAAAACGUGAUAUCACUUCGAGUCAAUGAGCUCGUCGACCAAUGGAAUGAGAGAAGCAGUUUUCACUCGCAACCAAACCAACGCUAUCAGCCAAUCAGAAUGGUUUGCUCUUAUAAACACGCUACGAGAAUAGUAGGCUACACGAUAGCGGAGUCACAGCCCUGAUGAAUGGAGAAGCGCGUAUUUAUAUGCAAUAACUAAUUAAGCAGAGCUUUGUAAGCAGCUCAUAAUAUCCAUGUCAUCUCCGUAAGAACGAUAGGAUUGCCAGAACAAAUUUAACUGGAUUUUAGAAACACUCCUGUGCAUGCUCACGCAUGAAUAUUUCAAAACACAAAUGCAUAGUUUAAGUUUUUAUAAUUAAAAGACAAACAGUUUGUUACUGAAUUUGAUAUUAGAACUUGUUUUAGUGAACCAAGUAUCUGCAUCUUGUCUCACCUCAUGUUGUCCCACCCCUGGUGUCGGUAAGCAGUGAUAUAUCUCAGUCAUUGCACCGCACCAAAAAUAUAUAUAUAUAUA